AAUCCCCAGCAGAGAGACCUCAUUCUCUUUCAGGAAAACACACAGAGCUUGUUAGGGAGAGGUGGGGAUGGGGCCAUCACUAAGAUGUGUGACAUCUUCUCACUACCGUAAUAACCCCGCAGAGACCAAGAAGAUUCAAGGAUCCCUUCUCACAUCAGUCCCUUCUCUCUUAUACCACAUGCAGCUUCCUCCCUCUCUCCAGCACAACUUUCUCUGUAUGCUGGGGGCUGAUGCCUGUUGCUUAUGAAUGAAUCUUGUUUAGGGGAUACUAAUCUCUAUGGGCGUUCAGAGCUUUGCACACUAUCAAACACCGUUUUCAUGUUACAAAAUAGAACCAUUGUCAGGAGAGAAGAUAAACAUUCAGGGAAAAUGUGAAAACUCCUUUAUCCUUCAUGACCACAGCUAAGUACCCUUUUGCCCUUGAGUAUGCUGCAGACUGGCCAUGCCUUUCUUAGACUGGUAUCUUCGUCGUUCACUGGCCACAUGGCUUCUUUUACACAGUUUGGUCUUGAUGUCACUUUGCUUUCACUCUGCUACAACUUUCCCCAAGGGUUGUUAUCCCUCUCAGGAGGAUGGGUACAAGAUUCUCCGGUGCAGCAAUGCUCAUCUCACAGAGGUGCCACGGGAGAUUCCAAAUGACACACAUCGCCUCUAUCUAGACUUCAACCAAAUCACCUACCUCCCCUCAGAUGCCUUCCGGAACCUCCCUGUCCUUAUGGAAUUGGACCUGUCACACAAUUCCUUGGGUCGGCUAGAUAUCGCAGCCCUCAGGGGACUAAGUGACCAUUUGCAUUCCCUGGACUUGUCUUCCAACAAGCUAGUGUCUGUCAGCAAGGAAGUUUUUGCUAAUCUGAAGGCGCGAACAAAUCUCUCUGGCAAUCCUUGGAUGUGUGACUGUGAGCUCCAAGAGCUAAUUAGGUUGGUGGAACUGGACCCAGGUUCCUCCAGUGGGAUUUUAUGUGCCAGCUCAGUUCAGGAUGAACAUGCUGGGAAACCCUUUUCGCAGGUGGUUAAAGAAGUUGAUCUAUGUAAUGUUUACAAGAAAACCACAGAUGUGGCAAUGCUAGUCACAAUGUUUGGCUGGUUUGCCAUGGUCAUCUCCUACCUGGUUUACUAUGUGCGUCAGAACCAAGAGGAUGCCCGACGUCACCUUGAGUACCUCAAAUCACUGCCAAGCAAGCAGAGGAACUCUGAGGAUCCUUCUACACUUAGCACUGUUGUAUGAUCUAUGGAUUUGCUCAAAGGAUCUAAGCGAUUACUUUGUCUGUAACUUCACUCAUUUGGAUUAAUUCAGAUGUUGAUUUGGUUAUUCAGAUCAUUCUCGUACUUUAGACAGAACAUAAACAUCAUAAACCUAAGCAUUUUUACUUAUAUUUUGCUGGAUUUAGAAAAAGGUCAUUAGAAACUGACAUUUUUGGGAAUGUAUUACUUCCUUUUAUUGACAGGUCUACAUUCAAAUUACAUGACAUUUGUGACUAUAUCUUAGACUUACUUAAAUAGAUGGUCUGAGAACCAUUCAUUUCUUAAAAGGUCCAGUUUUGGUGGAAUAAAAUUAGCAAGGUUCUAGUGACAGCAAGUAAUAGCCAUAGAAUGUAUGCAUUAUAUUCCUUAUAUGUAUAAUCCCUGUCCGUGUAUCACAUUUAUUUAAAAAUGAGAAAGAUAAUCAGAUUAAGAGAACAUAGUGACAACAGAAUCAAGAAGGUAAUGUUCAGUGCAAUGUUGCAUGAUGUGAAGGAGCCUUUAAAUAGAUUUAAUACCAGGUACAAGCUUUCUCUUUAAAUUUAAAAAAUUAUCCCAAAACUCAGGAGCAUUAGAGCAUGAUAUUUGUAUACAAGGUGAUACCCUCCUGUAGUGCCCCCUGUAAACUUUUGGAUUAUACAUCAGAAAAUUGUAAAUCCAUUUUAAAAAUAAGGCUUUUGUUUUUUAAUAUAUAUAAAAAUAGAGACCUCAGCUCCUUAUGGCUAGUUUAGGGUACCUUUCAGCAAUGGAAUACAAGAUAUUGAAUCAGGCCCAUUUGAGCAACAACAACAAAAACAAAAACAUCUGAUCACAGUAUAAUAGUUUCCAUCCUUUCCAAACUUUAAAGACAAAGAAGAUGUGCUGGCUGACACUCAGAUUACAAACUCGUCCAGUCAUGGUUUUAGAUCUUUUAUUUCUUAUUUAUCCUGAUGUAAAUUUAACUUUUAAGAAAACUGGAUUAGAUUAGAAUUAUGAAUUGUUGCUUCCUCUUGAAAAUGGUCUGUAUUAUUACCUUGGGCAGAUGAAAUUUCCUGCUGUGUUGAAACUUUUUUUUAAAUAUUUAGCACAUUAUUUCACCAUUACAAAUUUGCCUAUAUUUGUAAUAAUUUACUAGGAUAUAUAGGCAUGAAAUAGAACAAUUCAUAUUUUUUUUUCUUCUUGUUCUUUUAAAUAUCACACACAAAUUUAAUGUGAUAUAUUAAACUGGCACCAGAUGUCAACACUGUAUUUUCAAUUUUGUUUUUAGAGUAUACUUUGCCUAAUUUAGCACAAUACGGCACAUUUUCAAUUUUUAACACAUCAGACAUAAACUUGCUAGCUUGAUUAAUGGGAUAGAAAACCCAAAUAUUUUAUUUUAUGAUUCAGAUAGAGCAUGCCGUUUUAAGCAACUUUCUAGUUUACUCCUAUUAUCAAAUUGUAUUCGUUCUCUUGGUAUCUU